AUGGUCAUGGUCAUGGUGGUCAUGGUCAUGGUGGUCAUGGUCAUGGCCAUGUUCAUGGUCAUGGUCAUCGGGAUGGUCAUGAAUGGAGAGGAGUUUGCGGCCGCGUCGGGCAUGUUGGAAUGCUGCGUCGGCGGCUGCGCGUGCCUUGAGGCCUUCUGCAUGUCUCCUAGCGCGGUCAUGCACGGUCUUGUGCAGGCUAUCGGCGACCUUUCUGUGCAUCUCAGCCUUUUUCACGUGCGGGUCCUCGCCCUCCUUGGCGGGGACGACGAAGGCGAACUUGCCGUGGUCGGCGUUGCGGCGCUCGUAGAGAGAAUGCGGGUGGCCCGGCAUGCGGACGAUGAUGUCGACGGGCAUGGUACCCUUGCCCGUCGAGACGGUGUACUCGCCGAGCACUUUGGACGCGGGCGACGCCUCUUCCGUGAAGCAGCGGCGCUCGCCGGAUUGCAGGUAGAACUGGAAGGAGAGGGCGGGGAGAAGGCAGAGGGCGAGGGAGAGGAGAAAGGGAAGAGGGGAGCGGGAGCGGGCGGUGCGGCGCAUCGUGCAGAGGAGGGGGAGGACGCGACCAGGCGCGUCGGACGGGCGUUCAGCUCAGCGGUGAAGGAAGAUUGGGGAGGGGGUGGAGAGGGGGUGGUCUUGUGGAGAGGGGGGUAG